ACCAGUCAGCUGGUUGCCGGGGAGCUUCGAUCAUCCAUCCAUCGCAUCCCCCUACCUAUCUCCCCAAACAGUGAAUUAUCUGCCAGGAGCCAGAUUUUGCCCAUUGAGCUCCCUUUCCCAGCGAUUUUCUCCCUCAACCACCCACCGUUUUUACACUCAGCCGAGAAAUGCCACUUGGAGCUUUUUGCUCGAGGCAAGCAGCAAGACUCGCGUGCGGGCAGCUCGCGCGAGAAACCCGAACAAGUCGAGUGUGUUGUCGUGGUGACGUCACUUACACACCGAGCCUGCGGUCAUCAUCACCACACCGUCUUCCCCUGAACCCGCUCAUCUUGGGGAAUUGGGCAUCGUUCCAGGCGACAAAUACCCGGCCGAGUUAUCCCAUCGCCCAACAGUGCCUCUCGCAGAUCCGAGCAAUCACCCAACGACGGCCUCUCUCAGCAACCCGCCCUUUCAAGAUGGCAACAACAUCCACAACCACCACCAACCCACCCGCGGCCGCGACCCCGGCGCCGGACCCGGAGAAGUUCAUGCACACAUCCGGCAGCACCGACCCGGUGUGGAUACACCAACAACCGUACAGCGCGAUGCCGACCUUCCCUGCGCUGGGGGAGGACCUGAGCACGGACGUGUGCGUGAUCGGCGCGGGCAUCGCGGGGAUCCACGUGGCGUACGAGCUGGUGCGGCGGGGGCACCGGGUGGCGCUGCUGGAGGCGCGCGACGCGCUCGCCGGCGAGUCCGGCCGCACCAGCGGGCACCUGACCAACGACCUGGACGACGGGUACGCCAACAUCCGCGCCAAGCACGGCGACGCGGGCGCCCGCGUCGCGGCUGAGAGCCAUGCUUGGGCCCGUGACCGGGUCGGGGAGAUUGCGGAAGAGCUGGGGAUUGAGUGUGAGUAUCGCCGCGUCAGGGCGUAUGAUGUCAGUCAGUUUGCGGUCGGGAGUGACGGGUAUGAGGGGGAGAUGAAGGAGUUGAGGGAGGAGGCGGGCGUGCAGGCGGGGCUAGGGAUCGAGGCGCGGUUUGAUGAAAACCUGACGGUGCGCGGAUGGACCGGCAAGCCGGACCAGCGCGGCGGGCUGGUGGCCGAGAACCAGGCGACGUUCCACCCGACCAAGUACCUGGCCGGCGUGCUGGCGUGGCUCAAGACGCAGCCGAACUUCCAGUGCUUCACGCGCACGCGCGUCACGGGCAUCCACGAGAAGGGCGUCGAGCUGCUCGGCCUGGGCCACAAGUCGGUCACGAUCGAGACCGAGGUGGGCCACACGGUGCGGGCGGAGCACGCGGUCGAGGCGACCUGCGUGCCCCUUCAGAAGCUGUCCGUGGUCGCCGAGCUCGAGUUCUUCCGCACCUACUGCAUCGCCGCGCGCGUGCCCAAGGGCAGCGUCGAGGACUGCCUGCUGUACGACAACGCCGAGGCGUACAAGUACGUGCGGCUGACGGCCUGCGACGACAAGGACGACUACCUGGUGGUCGGCGGGUGCGACCACAAGGUCGGACAGGAGGAGACGACGCCGCGGUUCGACGAGCUCGAGACGUGGACGCGCGAGCGGUUUACGCAGGCCGGCGCCGUCGACUACCGCUGGAGCGGGCAGAUCUACGAACCGGUCGACUACAUGGCCUUUAUCGGCAAGAACCAGGGCAACCAGAAAAUCUACAUCGUGACAGGCGACUCGGGCGACGGCCUGACGCACGGCGUGCUGGCCGGGCGGCUGAUCGCAGACGAGAUCGAGGGCAAGGAGAACAAGUGGGCGUCGCUGUACAACCCCAAGAGGCUGGGCAGCAUCAUCAAGACGCUGCCGAGCCUGGUCAAGCACGACGUGCAGAUCAACCUGCAGUACAAGCGCUUCCUGCAGACGGACAUCACGGACAUCGAGGACCUGGCGCCUGGCAGCGGCGGUGUGCUGAACUCGGCCACCGCUAAGCCCCUGGCUGUGUACAAGGACGAGGACGGCAAGGUGCACAAGUACAGCGCGCUCUGCCCGCACAUGAAGGGCGUGGUCUGCUGGAACGCGGUGGAGAAGAGUUUCGACUGCCCCGUUCACGGCAGCCGCUUUUCCAAGGCCGGCAUAUGUGUCAACGGCCCGGCCAAAAUAAACUUGACCCCCGCUGACAAGGCCGGCGCCGAGAGCCAGGAGUAUGCCUCGGGAUCUGGCAUGUAACAGAUGAAUUUGAUGGCGCUCCGGAAGUCUGGACUUUGGAACGAAUUUUGGGACUUCGUAAUAUAAUUUGUCGCGUUAUUUCCAUCUAUGGCUAUGCGAUGAUCGGUCUAAGCCCGUCAGUACGACCCAAGCAUCAUGCUCAGGCGUCCCCCGUCCAUCAUCAGCACCGACCCGUUGCAGUAAGAGCCCGGACGGCCGGCAAGGUACAGCAGCGUGCCGGCCAUCUCCUCGUCGCCUCCGAACCGACGUGCCG